GCCGCGCCAUGCCGCGCGCGUCGAUCUAUAUAACCCCGCGCCAUGCAACGCCGCCCCGGCUUAGGCAAAACAGCGCGCACCUCAGCUCGCGACGCGCGCCAACCUCGCCGCCGAAGCACGACACGAGGACAAGCUAGCCCGGCGCGGUGUGCCAUUGGCAUGGGGGUGACGGGCGGCGCCGGGGAGGCCGUCAAGCCGUCGUCGUCGUCGUCGUUGUCGCCGGUGGCGGGGCUGAGGGCGGCGGCCAUCGUGAAGCUGAACGCGGCGUUCCUCGCCUUCUUCUUCCUCGCGUACAUGGCGCUCCUCCUCCACCCCAAGUACUCCUACCUCCUCGACCGCGGCGCCGCCUCCUCCCUCGUCCGCUGCACCGCCUUCCGCGACGCCUGCACCCCGGCGACGACGACCACCGCCCAGCUCUCUCGGAAGCUGGGAGGCGUGGCGGCGAACAAGGCGGUGGCGGCGGCGGCGGAGAGGAUCGUGAACGCCGGGAGGGCGCCGGCGAUGUUCGACGAGCUCCGUGGGCGGCUGCGGAUGGGCCUGGUGAACAUCGGCCGCGACGAGCUGCUGGCGCUCGGCGUGGAGGGCGACGCCGUCGGCGUCGACUUCGAGCGCGUCUCCGACAUGUUCCGGUGGUCGGACCUCUUCCCGGAGUGGAUCGACGAGGAGGAGGACGACGAGGGCCCGUCCUGCCCGGAGCUCCCCAUGCCGGACUUCUCCCGGUACGGCGACGUCGACGUGGUGGUGGCGUCGCUGCCGUGCAACCGUUCGGACGCCGCGUGGAACCGCGACGUGUUCAGGCUGCAGGUGCACCUCGUGACGGCGCACAUGGCGGCGCGCAAGGGGCUGCGGCACGACGCCGGCGGCGGCGGCGGCGGCGGGCGGGUGCGCGUGGUGGUGCGCAGCGAGUGCGAGCCCAUGAUGGACUUGUUCCGGUGCGACGAGGCGGUGGGGAGGGACGGCGAGUGGUGGAUGUACAUGGUCGACGUCGAGCGGCUGGAGGAGAAGCUCCGGCUUCCUGUCGGCUCAUGCAACCUCGCCCUACCUCUGUGGGGACCCGGAGGUAUCCAGGAAGUGUUCAACGUGUCGGAGCUGACGGCGGCGGCGGCAACGGCGGGGCGGCCGCGGCGGGAGGCGUACGCGACGGUGCUCCACUCGUCGGACACGUACCUGUGCGGCGCGAUCGUGCUGGCGCAGAGCAUCCGGCGCGCCGGGUCGACGCGCGACCUCGUCCUCCUCCACGACCACACCGUGUCGAAGCCGGCGCUGGCGGCGCUGGUCGCCGCCGGCUGGACCCCGCGCAAGAUCAAGCGCAUCCGCAACCCGCGCGCGGAGCGCGGCACCUACAACGAGUACAACUACAGCAAGUUCCGGCUGUGGCAGCUCACCGACUACGACCGCGUGGUGUUCGUCGACGCCGACAUCCUCGUCCUCCGCGACCUCGACGCCCUCUUCGGCUUCCCGCAGCUGACGGCGGUGGGCAACGACGGCUCGCUCUUCAACUCCGGGGUGAUGGUGAUCGAGCCGUCGCAGUGCACGUUCCAGUCGCUGAUCCGGCAGCGGCGGACCAUCCGGUCCUACAACGGCGGCGAUCAGGGGUUCCUGAACGAGGUGUUCGUCUGGUGGCACCGGCUGCCGCGGCGGGUGAACUACCUCAAGAACUUCUGGGCGAACACUACGGCGGAGCGGGCGCUCAAGGAGCGGCUGUUCCGGGCGGAUCCCGCGGAGGUGUGGUCGAUCCACUACCUGGGGCUGAAGCCGUGGACGUGCUACCGCGACUACGACUGCAACUGGAACAUCGGCGACCAGCGGGUGUACGCCAGCGACGCCGCGCACGCGCGGUGGUGGCAGGUGUACGACGACAUGGGGGAGGCCAUGCGCUCGCCGUGCCGCCUGUCGGAGCGGAGGAAGAUCGAGAUCGCCUGGGACCGACACCUCGCCGAGGAGGCCGGCUUCUCCGACCACCACUGGAAGAUCAACAUCACCGACCCCCGCAAGUGGGAGUAGAUUGCCUCGCCGGCGAUCGCCGCCGUCCCGUCCCCGUACGACGUGGCAGCUUGCUAGCUUAGCUGGGCUGGGCUGGGAUGGGCUGGCUGGCCGCAUUUAGAAUUUUGGGCCUCCGUUAAUUCUCUCUUCUUUAACCUCUGUUCAUAUAUACACGCACAGGGACUAUAGAUUUACUAAGCCCUCGGUGAAUAAUUCAAUCACAAGUAAAUAAUUGAGUAAAAUGAAGUCACCUUUUUAUUGUCAAAGUUUUACUUUGGAUCACACUUAAACCAAUCUUUUCAUUUUAGACCGGAUAACUUUGCCUAUAGUAUUUGGCUUGGAUCACCCCACUCUCUUUACUAUUCAUGUAUAGAUAUGAGCAGCAUAUAAAAGGGGAAGUUCACCAUUA